AUGGAUGAAGAUGUAGGCGCGGACGAUAGUGAUCGGAUGGGAAAGCGGGUAUCGUCGAUGGUCCAGUUUACAUCACACGAAACAGUACCAUCCGAUCCGAUGCUUUCUUCAUCGUCUACAGUUUCUGCAAGUACAGUCAUUUCACCGGUCGACGUUUUUAUUGCAAACGUUAAUCGUGUUGGUGAGGAAUUGCAGCCGCUUGUUGAAUGGACGUAUCAGUUUAAAGCUACCCGAAGUCCUGAGGAAGUCCGCAAUGUUAUCCAAAUAUGUCAGGUGAAUAAUCUGCAAAAUUUCCUAGGUUCUGUGACGUAA